AUGGCCGAAGAAGCUGCGAGAAAAGAGAUGGGUAACAGAACCGAAGAGAUUGAGGCUGUCCCAGCACAUAGCCAGGUGGCGGUGCCACCCGUCGAGACCAGCGAGGACAUUGAGGAUGACCCCCAUCGAGCUGCCCUCGAAGACAAUCCUGAAAGCCCUCAACGUGUCACUUGGUCCACGAUCAUGGCCGUCUUUUUCAUGGGCUUGUCCUUCUCGGGAUGCAUUUCGACUGCUUUCCUUCUGGCGUCUUCCAUUCUGGUCCCAAUUGGCAGCGCGCUGGGCGAUUUGGAGCCCAUCAGCUGGAUAGCCUCGUCUUGGGCAGUCACCUCAGCAGUCAGCAUGUCCCUCGGAGGUGGUUUGAGCGAUAUAUUCGGCCGUAGAUACGUUAUCAUGGCUGGACAAGGUUUCAACAUUGUUGGAGGCAUUGUCGCUGCCACUGCUCAAACUACAAAACAUGUCAUCGCUGGAUCUGCCAUUAUUGGCUUCGGUGCUGGUUUCGUUUUUGUUGCCUAUGCCGGUAUUCCUGAAAUUUUGCCCAACAAGUACCGUGGCAUGGGUUUGGCAUGGACUGAAUUUUGCAUCACGAUCCCAUGGGGUCUGCUCGCCACUCUUCUCGCUAACCAGCUAAACGAGCACGCGACAUGGAGGUGGGUGUACUAUCUAUCCAUCAUCUAUGCGGCCGUCUGUCUGGUUGGAACGGCCAUCUUCUACUUCCCGCCGGCUCGCCCACGUAAAGACUACGACAAAACCCGCUGGCAGGAGUUCCUGGAGCUGGACUUUGUGGGUUACUUCCUCUACGCUGGAGGCUUGACUGUUUUCCUCAUCGGAAUGAGUUGGGCUGGCGAAGAGGGCCACGCGUGGCAUUCUGCCUCGGUGGUUGCGCCAAUCGUUCUUGGAGCCUUGAUUUUCAUCGGCGCAUUUGUCUAUGACUGGACUGCGAAGCCCAAGCUUCCAUUGAUGCCGCUUCACAUAUUCCGCAUGAUCCGGGAAUUCACCAUCUUGUUGGUUGCGCUUUUCGUCUCGGGAAUGGUCUUCUUCGCCAUGGUUUCCCUGCUACCUCAAGCCACCGAAUCGGUCUACGACAGCGAUCCGAUCAAGCUAGGAGUCGCCUUGAUCCCGAACGGUAUUGGUCAAUUCAUCGGAGGAGCGAUCCUUCCUGCUUUGAUCCACAAAAUCAAGAACAUUCGGGCUCAAAUUGUAUUCGCCCUCUUCAUCCAGACCCUGUUCUCGGCCUUGUACGCUUAUGGGAUCAUCCCGCACCAUAAGACCGCAUGGGUCAUCUUCCAGCUUUUCGGCAUGAUGUGUUUCUCGUGGAUCACUCUCUGCUCAUAUGUCGUCGUUGGGCUCCAUGUGCCACACAAGGAUCUCGGUAUUGCGUCGGGCUUGGUGGGGACUUUCCGCAACACUGGUGGCAGCGUUGGCAUUGCCAUUUUCAACACCAUCAGAAAUGGCGUUCUUGGCAGCCAGCUCGUGCCACGCAUUUUGAAGGCAGCGGCAGCCAACGGAUUCCAUGGCGACGCAAAGGCCGUUGAAAGCCUAGUGGCAGCAGUGUCAGCCAACGCAGAGGGUGUCCCUGACGCGUUCGCGAAAGUCCAAGGUGCCACUCCUGCUCUCAUCUCUGCAACCGCGGAAGCCUACAAGUCGGCAUACGGAUACGCUUAUCAGCGAGUCUUCUUCAGUACGAUUCCCUUUGGUGUGAUUGCGAUUAUCACUGCACUCUUUAUCAAAGAUGCCUCGGAAUACCUGACAAAUCAUACCGCCGUGCACAUGGAAAAGAACAUCCUUGGGGAAGGCCACCAUGAUAACAAGGCUGUGGAUCUGGAACAGCCGGAGAAGACGGCAACGUAA